AUGGAAGACGAAGAAGACGAGAUAUCGCAGGACAAAUGUGAAACUGAUCCCUGGGCGAGUAACGAAUCAGAUAAUGAAGACUCGGAUAGUAUGCAAAGCCACGAACUGUUCGAAGGCGAUGAAAUGAUCAUCAGCAGUUGUCUAGAAAAAUGUUCCAGGCCGGAUUAUAUAAUGGAACCGGAAGUUUUCACAACUUUACCCAGGUACUUCCAAGUUGGUGGCAACCCCGGACCGAUUAUUGAUAGCCUGACAUCUAACUACACGGCAGUUGCUCAGAUGUGUAACCUGGUGGCCGAGUGGCUGAUUACUCUGGGUGACAGCAUCGAGGAAGUACAGCGGUUGUUCGAGAGACAUCUGCAAGAGAUAAUAAUGAAGAAUUUCGACCCAAAGAAAGCGGAUAUGAUUUUCCAUCACCAAUGCGAAAGCCAGAUCGAGUGGCUACCGGAGUUGAUCUCAUAUCCUUCGUGGCGUAGUAUGAUCUACCAACUGUCCGAGCAGUUUCCCGAGUGCCUGAUGUUGAACUUCGCUAUCAAACUUAUUUCGGACGCCGGAUUUCAGCAUGAGAUCAGUAGCAUCGCGACGGCCUCUCAGCAGCUGGACAUUUUCUGCCGCGUGUUGUCUACCGCCAUAGAAAGCAUCUUGCGAGAGGUACCAGAGACGGACGGUUACGAGAGCGCGUUCGCUGAGUUGGAGAAGGUGGUGUUCUACGGUGAACAUGCGUACGUAUUUACUGAGGCACUGUUGUCAAUGAUCGCAGACAAAGAGAGCGCAGGUGCGAUCAAACGCAUCAGCGAGGAGCUACACCUGGCAGCCAUGCGGCGAGGUCUGGACACCACGGACUUGUCACUGACUCUUUGGAGCACGCUUUAUUCCUGUGACCCGACUAUCAUCCAGGCGAUGCAGUCGAUGCUGUCGCGCAACGCUUUAAACGCAGCCGACAUCACGCUACUGUACAACUUCUACAGCAGCGCUGACCCGCCACCAGUCGACAUCGUUCAGGACGUCACGUUCAUGGAGCUGCUUCUGGAGGCGCUAUUCAAACCGAGUUCUAACCUCAACCCAGAUCACAAGCCCAAAUACAUCUACAUUCUCGCUUAUGCGUCAAGCAUGGGCGGUACUUUGCAGGGAGGUAAGAGCAUUUUUCAGAUCGAUAAACUACAUUGCGCACAUCUCGAGGCAUAUUUCAGCGGCUCCUCUCCAGGGAAAGCGGAAUUUGCUCCGGCUGCAGCCGGAGUUUUACACUGGGUUCACGCGGUUGUAACGGAACCGGACUUUUUCAAGCUACAUCCUGAACCGGUCCCAAUUCACCUAUCUUUGUUGGACGAAAUCGUUUCCUUACAUCCACCGCUUCACAGCAAAAUUUUGCAACUAAUCAAAUACCUGUUUGACUGCGAGAGCUAUGGUUUUGACGUUCUUGUCCAACUGGAACGGAGGCGCAUGCUGAUCGAUCGACUGAUCCACCUGCUUAGUGCUGGUUACGCUAUUCCAGUCACCAGAUACCUUCAGAAUAAGCUAUUUAAACAAGAUACGGACAUUUCUUUGAUAAGGUAUUUUGUUACCGAGACGUUGGAAAUUAUUCGUGGACCAUAUUCAGCUGAAUUUAUCGAUGCCUUUCUUCCGAUUGUUGAAAAUCCCGAAAUCACUAGAGAGGAAACUUUAACGGAAGAAAAACUUAACGCGGUCAAAGAAUUUCUCGAUUUCUGUAAAUCUCAAGCCAUAACUUAA